AUGAACGUGGAUGCCAAGCAAAACGAGAUCAUGGAGCUGAACGCCGACACGUGGCGCGUUGGGGAAGCGAGUCAGCUGUACCGUCAGUGUUACGAACCUUCGAAGGUGCACGUAGAUACCAACAUUGAAGCGCUGCUUCAAUUCAUGGAUAUUGUGGGCCUCGUUUGGCCCGUCAGAGAUGUCAACGAUUCUCUACUGCACCCGCUAGAAGUAAUGCUCUACAUGGCCGCCAAAUACGACACCAACUUUCAGUUCCGCUUGGAGGUUGCCACCAGCAAAAUUAUCGGCACCAUUUUGGUAGUCCGUAGACGAUACCACAGCGUUGUCUGGGAACACCGCCUUCUCCAUGCCCUUAACUUGGAGGAGUACGCGAUGGUCAUCCGCGAUCAUAUGAACACCCUACGCCUAAAGAACGUGCAGUGCAAUACGACACUCCUUCGCGAGCUCGAAACAUUCUUCAUCGAAGCCACAAGUUAUGAAAGCGGCGAGGGUGACCAGUCGUGGCUGACCAUUAGUGAACUAGAUAGCAAGACGCCGAACAUCAGAGGAGCGCAGUGGCACUUUCUCCUCAACCGCCAACACAGAAUUACGCUCCAACGCACUUGGAAUCCGAAGGACUGGGUGGUGAUUGAAGACUCGGCCAUCCUGACAAAGCUUGACGAGCUGUUCCGCACUUACCCUGACCCACACAUAUUGAUGGGCACUGCCUGGAUGUUCAUCCAGUCUCACCUAUGGGUGGCGGCCGGAAAGCCAGACCUCAUGUUCCGCGACAAUUUCCAAGAGAAAGUGCAGCUCGCAUGCCUGGAAUACGUGAACUCGCUUUUCGGCCUUCUCGCCUCCGUCGAAUACUUAACGCGGACGUAUCCGACGAGCGAAGUACGCCGCGGCGUCUACAGCUUCGUGCGAAGCCUGAAAAACGAGUUCGUUUCGACUCUGAAAAGCACCGCCUGGAUCGGCCAUGAAAGCGCGGAGAAGGCGGAACAGAAGAUCAAGAACACGGACCUGAACAUCUUGCCCUCCGAACAUUUCUUCCUUCUGUCGGCACGCGCUGGUCUUUACGGGAAGUUUCCCGAUAUCAAUACGAGUGCAUUUGUGGAGAGCUGGUUAUAUACCGCGGAAAGUUAUCAGAAGCUACAAAACCACGCCCGAUUCUACGAUGUAUACCAGAAGAGACGCACGUUUCACCGGCAGCCGUAUGAGUACACCUAUCUUCGCAAUUCAGUUGACGCUGCCACGGCGGCGCUCGAUCCGCCACUUUUCUACAGAGGUGGAACUUUUGCAAUGAACUACGGCGGCUCGGGUGUCCUGCUGGCCAAAAAGAUAGCCAAAGCCAUCGACCCGGUAGGCACGACGGUGAACAGCUUUGGCGAAAAUGUUGUCUGGUGGGGCACGGCACAUUCUGCAGAGUACAACCGCCGCCUUAACUGUAAAUUAGGCCAGGCGGCCGGACAUAAUGCGAUGGGUGUUUUUCCUGCGAUACCGGCGCUUGAAGUGUCUUUCUCGGCGUACAAGACGGCCGUUAAGCAGGAGGGAACCAGUGGACCCAUGGUGCAGGACUUGCGAAUCCGAGGAUUGGAGGAGUACACUGAUGACCAGCUGUUCUUUAUGACCUACUGCUACGCACUCUGCUCCAAAGAGGGCGACACCAGCAGUCAACAGGAGUGCAACUUGCCGCUCGGGCAUUUUUCCCGCUUUGCGGACGCCUUCUAUUGCCCCGAAGGGUGGCCCAUGAAUGCAAAAUCAAAAUGCACAUUCUUUAAUUGA